CCGCCCCGCGCGGGCUGCGAGCGGCGGCGGGUUCCGGGUCCUGUGACCGGUCAGGCGCUGCGGCAGCGCGGCAGGGAGGGCGGCCAGCCUCGGGGAAGUUUCGACGGCCGGCGGGGUCUCCCAGGGCGCCGCGGGGAGGGCGCGGCCGGGCGGGGGCCCCGGCGCGGAACCCGAGCUUGCCGAGAGCGGCCGGCCGGCUGAGCGAGACCGGGGCGCUCAUGGCGGGCGGCGGAGCCGGGGACCCGGGCCGGGGGGCGGCCGCCGCCACGGUGCCCGAGACCCGCGAGCACCUCUUCAAGGUGCUGGUCAUCGGCGAACUUGGCGUGGGCAAGACCAGCAUCAUCAAGCGCUACGUCCACCAGCUCUUCUCCCAGCACUACCGGGCCACCAUCGGGGUAGACUUCGCUCUCAAGGUCCUCAACUGGGACAGCAGGACGCUGGUGCGCCUGCAGCUGUGGGACAUCGCGGGUCAGGAACGGUUUGGCAACAUGACCCGAGUAUAUUACAAAGAAGCUGUUGGUGCUUUCGUUGUCUUUGAUAUAUCGAGAGGUUCCACGUUUGAAGCCGUUUUAAAAUGGAAAAAUGAUCUGGAUAGUAAAGUCCAUCUUCCAAAUGGCAACCCUAUUCCUGCUGUCCUCUUAGCUAACAAAUGUGACCAGAAAAAAGACAGUGGCCAGAAUACUCCCCAGAUGGACCAGUUUUGCAAAGAACAUGGCUUCACCGGAUGGUUUGAAACCUCUGCAAAGGAUAACAUAAACAUAGAUGAAGCAUCCCGGUUCCUAGUGGAGAACAUUCUUGCCAACGACCAAAGCUUCCCUAAUGAAGAAAACGACGGCAGAAUUAAACUGGAUGAGGAGACCGUGAAAAAACAGAACAGAUCCCAGUGUUGCUGACUCAGCGUCUGCUCCUCUCCUGCGGAUGCAGCCUGAUUCGGUUGGAAGCAAAUUCCUGAGACUGGAUCACGGAUGGUGGAUAUGCUGCUCUGUGAAUCUUCAGGGCUGUGCCUUAAAAUAACAGGGAUGGCACCCCUGGGAGCCUGUGACGAAAGGGGACACUGGUGAAGCAGUCCCGCCAGGGGCUCUUCCCCUUCACCUGUGAACACUUAGGCUUCUGUUGUUGCCAUCAUAUUCAGGAUAAUGUUUAUAUCCAUUUUUAACAUCUUUUAAAAUGACAAUUCUUCAGGAUUUGUUAAGGCUUGGAAGUUGUGGCUUUCAGUGUGAACCCUGGGCUGGUAAUAAACUUUCCCUGCAGCCUCA